UGUCAAUAUAUAUAAUAUAGCUUUUUAUUCUUUUUUCAUUGACAACGAAUCAGCAUGCUAGAAUCAAUCUCGGACAAGAAUAAACACAUCGCCAUCGGUGCAGCGCUCGGUGUCUUCUUUACACUCUCAACUACUGCCAUCGUCCUUGCCACCCAAGGGACGUCGACGAAUGCAACUCGUUAUUCACAUUCGAAGAGUAGCCGGCGGCGGUCCUCCAUAGGUGAAAAUCUCAAUAGGAUGAUUGCAUUGCCCAAGCCUGAAAAGAAUACUAUGAUAUGCGACGGCGUAGCAGGAUUGAUCGGUAAUACACCCAUGAUGCGUAUCAAGUCACUCAGCGAAGAGACAGGGUGUGAAAUCCUUGCCAAAGCAGAGUUCUUGAACCCUGGGGGAAGCACCAAGGAUCGUGUGGCACUCAGUAUGAUUAACACCGCUGAACGAGACCACGUUUUAACACCAGGAAACGGCUCCACCAUCUUUGAAGGAACAGUUGGCUCCACGGGCAUUUCGCUUGCCAUGAUUGCCAAAGCUCGUGGAUACAAUGCAUGGAUCGUCAUGCCUGAUGAUGUUGCACAAGAGAAAUCUCAGCUUCUGGAAAAGUUAGGAGCACAUGUUGAAAAAGUACGGCCUGUUAGCAUUGUGGACAAGAAUCAAUUUGUUAAUUUGGCCAAAAGGCGGGCUCAAGAGUUUGGACAGGAUAAUCAAAGCCAAGAGGAUGCACCGCAAGGAAGCCAGAAAAAGAAGGGUUUCUUUGCAGAUCAAUUUGAGAACUUGGCAAACUUUGAGGCACAUUUUACCACGACGGGGCCAGAAAUUUACAAGCAGACACAAGGGAAAAUUGAUGCAAUCGUGAUGGGUGCAGGUACUGGUGGGACCCUCGCAGGUGUUGCGAAAUACUUGAAGGCAUUGCUUCCCAACCUAAGAACCUACCUUGCAGAUCCUCAAGGUUCAGGGCUCUUUAAUAAGGUCAAAUACAACAUUAUGUACUCGUCCACCGAAAAGGAAGGCACGAGAAAGCGCCAUCAGGUGGAUACUGUAGUCGAGGGUGUAGGAAUUAAUCGCCUGACACGCAAUUUUGCUCAAUCAGAGGGGUUUAUCGACGAUGCUGUCCGGGUGACGGAUCAAGAGGCGAUAGACAUGGCUAGGUUUCUAGUCCAUCGAGAAGGGCUGUUCAUUGGGUCGUCCUCAGCAAUCAACUGCGUGGCUGCUGUCCGGAUUGCUCGAGAGCUAGGCCCUGGUCACACUAUCGUUACACUUCUUUGUGAUUCCGGCCAGCGGCAUUUGACCAAGUUCUGGAAUGACGAAUACUUGGCAAAACAUGGUCUGGUAGUCAAAGAUGUGGUUGAUAACCUGGAUUUUAUUGUGUAGGCUAGAAUACAUGUGAAAGACAGAGACAUAAAUAUGUAUCAUCGU